AAAAAUUUACAUGCUUAGUAGUAGUUUAUAAUACGACCCAGUGAAGAAAUCGUGACGGAUCCUACACAGGUACAGAAUGUUGUCUAAGAUAUAUGUAUGGAUCGUCGUUUUCAGUUUUGGAUUGUACGUGUCCUGUGAACCCUGUUCCAAUAAGACGAAAGAUUGUCCAAAAACAGUCACUGUACUGAAGACGAUGAGUAAGGUGAUUUAUGAAACAUGCUACAAAGCAACAAAGACUUGUUGGGGCUGGAAUGUUUUAAAGAUAAAGUGUAAAUAUAAGUCAAGAUCAGACAGGUGUACGAAACACAAAUCUUAUUAUAUAACAACAACAAUGGUAUUACCAGGUUGUUGUGAAGGAUACACUGAGGAGGAAGAUUGCUGCGUCAAAGGUUCGAUGAAUUGUAACGUAUUUAUGGGUUCGGAAUGGGGCGAGUCCAAUAACUGUUUUCUUGAUAAUUUUAUGUUAUCUAAGAAGACUUAAUGGUCAAUGGAGGAUAUAUUCCAGAUCAGAAAUGUUCUUUGUAUUCGCUAAUCAAAGAAGAAAGCUUAUCAAUAUAGGUGAAUUUAAAGUAUGUGAAUGAAGAAAGCGGAACUUUUGCUAUUGUACAAGUUUGAAACAAAUGAAUGAUUAUGUAAGUUUGAAGAAUGAAUUAAUUACAGUCUAUCCCACUUAUAUUAAAGUCACUUAUUUUGAAGUAUCCGUUAUAUUAAAGUAAAAAUAAAUGCCCAGUAACGUUAUUCGUAUAGUUUAACAUCGGUUUCUGUGUAUUGAAGUUAGGAUAUAAUGAAGAAUUUAGGUCGCUCUCCUCAAUUUCAAAAUAUCCAAAGCAGACUGUAUAUCGCAACUCUAAAACGGGCACACUGGAAAUAAACUUGAAUUCAACAGAGCCUAUGGAAGUUAACCACAGUCUAGGUUGACAGCAUUUGUUAACAUGCACUUUUAUCCCAAGAUUAUCCGAAUAAUACUGAAAAUUCGAAAGCAUAAGGGUAUCUAUUUGAAAACGAAACAUAUAAGUUUUUAAAAAGAUUUUAUUAUGUUUCACUUUUCACAAAUAUAACAGAUGCAACGUUAUUGCAUUCAAAAACUACGUAUUUUUGGCAUUGGAUAUAAUAAACGAUAAUUUUACUAAGUCUGUAAUUAUCAAUUUAAUUUAAGAUAUUUCAUAAUAGAAGCAUAAAACAGAAUUGAAGACUUUCCGUGAUUAAGAAUGUUGUAACAUGAGUCAUCCUGAGAAGAUAGCAUAAAGUACUUUUUUUCACCACAGACUCUCGGCGUUUUAAACAAUUGUCUUCCUGUAAACAAACUAAAUGUAAUAGUCAAGAGUUUGUUUCUAGGAAGACAAUUCUUUUAUAAUAGAUAUCUAAAGCGUUUCAUCCCGAGAAGAUAACAUUAAAAUGUCAAGAGCUCAUGUCUUUUGCCUAUAUAUUCUGUACGCAACACGAGGAACGAUCUGAUUAAAUUAAAAAAAAAAAAAAUCCAGACGGUCGCUGCGUAUCGAACGAAUUGAGAGGUCUAAUUUUAACCAGACUGCAUAAAAAAUGAGUGGAUUGAAUGAUAUAGUCUUUGUAGUACACAUGAAAAAACCCAAGCCUGAUAUGUUUCCACUUUAUAUCUUAAGGAGAUAUUAAUAAAGUUACAAAAGCAUAUUAGUAUCAUGUAAAAAAGUAAAUUCACAUUCCAUUAUCUCGUAAUUACGAGAAAAGAUCUCGUAAUUACAAGAUAAAUAUCUCGAAAUUACGAGAAAAUUUUCUGGUAAUUACGAGAAAAUAUUGAUAUAAAGCCGAGUUGCACAACUUAUGGAUAAUCUUGGAAACGUUUGAUGCUAUUUCCCUCUGUUGAUUGGUCAGCAAAUCGAAAUGAUCUUAUUCAAAGUGUGUGGGACGGUACAUAUUGUCGUCCGGUGUCGCAUGAUUUAGGAAUGCUAAAUACCUAUAAUUUUCGUUCCGGAUUAUCAUUUACGUUCCGGUCCGCGUAAGUUUAGUUUCGGUCAUAAUCACACUUUUAAAAACAUGAAAUGCAUAUGUUUACGCACAUUUCUUGUGGGUUUUAUUUCUUUCAUCGGGUUAUACAAUAAUUAAAGACUAAUAUCAUUAGAAUCGGAAUAUUUAUACGUCUAUUUUUGUGUUUUCAAAAUUUGUCAGAUCAACAGGUGUUAAUUCUUGUUUUAUUACUGAGGUUUGAUCUCUCCAAUUCAAAGGAUUGUAAACUGGAGGUGUGAAACCUGUAUAUAUGUAGAUAGAGUUUUUACAUGAC